AUGGAGGCCGCGGAAGGCGCUGCGCGCGCGCCGCGCGCCUCCGGCCUGGGCCGGCGCUUCGCCUCCGGCACGUGCGUCGGGUGCGCGCUGCUCCUGGGAGCCAUGGGCCACUCCGCCGUGCACCGCGGCCGCGCGCUCGCCCGGACGCCCGGCGCGGCCUGGGAGGGCCAGCGCCCGCAGCAGAGCCGGGCCGCGGGGGCCGCCGUUGCGGCCUCCGCGCUCUCGCAGCCGGCUGGCGGUGCACCCGGCGGCGCACCCGUGGGCACCGCGGGCCGCGCGGCGGGCGGCUCGCGCGCACCUCGGGGCGCUGCUGGCAGCAGGCGGGGUUGGCGCUACGAAUGGCACUGGCGCCGGCCAACGACGCCGGCGGGGUGCACGGACACUGGCGGGGGAGCAGGCCCGUGGACGGGCCCCUCUCCGGCCCGCGCCUCGCCCGCGUGA